AUGGCAUUCAGGAAUAACGUGGCGUUAUUGUUGUUAGUGAUGAUAACAGUGAUGGACUGGCAUGCGAAUGCCUUGCGAGCAGAUAUGAAGCGCGUGCAUGGCAGCAGUAUGACUUCUUCCCAACGCCUCAGCGCUGCCGUCCACAGAAGCAGUGCAAGGCUGAGAAAAAUCGAAACAUCAGUGACAGGAAAAGCUGUAGACACGGACUUGGCGGCUCCUGUGAACCGGGGAAAUAAUGUGGCCGAAUUCCUGGUAUCAAUGGGCAUCAGAACACCACCGCAAAAAAUGGUUGCAAUUGUGGACACAGGCAGCGAUCUCAUUUGGAAGCAGUGUCAGCCCUGCAAAAACUGCUACGAUCAGACCGACCCCAUCUUCGACCCCUCCAAGUCGAGCACUUACGCCAAGCUCCCCUGUAACUCCUCCCUCUGCUCUUCCCUUCCUCGCAAGACUGCCAAUACGUUUAUUCAUUCGCCACGAGUAGAUGGUUUUACUGAUGCAGAUGGUGUGUUAGGGCUCGGGCGAGGCAGUUUCUCGCUCGUCUCGCAGAUGGGAUCUCGAUUCUCUUAUUGUGUCACCUCUUUCAUGGACGAAUCUCCCUCAGAUACGAGCCCUCUUUUCUUCGGCAGCGCAACUGAUUUGAGGGAACUGGUAGGAGUUCAGUUUACGCCAUUGAUGACAAACCUAUUCCGACCAGAGCUCAACAGCUUCUAUUACAUCUCCGUGGAAGCAAUAGCCGUGGGAAACCGAUUGGCGUAUAUUUCGCAGGGGACGCUUGAUAUACAGGAAGAUGGAAGUGGAGGGUUCAUCAUCGACUCGGGCUCUGCCUUCUCAUACUUGAUACCCGAGGCAUUUAGUCUAGUUGCAGAUGCCGUUGAUUUGGCUGUGGGUUGGGAUCGAGCAGAUGGUUCUGAUUACGGCUUUAGUCUCUGCUAUCAGAUACCUCAAGGUAAUACAACGUAUGUUUUUCCGGAUAUCACCUUCAUUUUUAGCAGAAAUGUGCCUUUUGUGGUGGAUCAGAAAUAUAACUUCCGUUUGGUGGACGAGCAAAGCGGUUUGGUGUUCAUGCUAAUUUUGCAAAUUGAGGAGACUUCCGCAUUGAAAUCACCUUCAAUUCUGGGAAGUUAUCAGCAACAGAAUUAUCAUAUUUUGUAUGACAAUGGCAAUUAUAUGCUCUCUUUCGCUCCCACCACUUGUGCUGAAUUACUCUAA